ACCACGGUUAUUGGUCAAGUAUCGUGUUCAAUAAUUUAGAGAGCCAACUACCUCUCAUCUGCGACAAACGAACUAAACCAUCCCAGCAUUUCUGGAGCUAGAGGCCACUGAUUUCAAUAAUCCAUGGCCUCUAACAAUCAUUUCUUGCUUAUGUUUGCUGUAGCUGUGCUGUCGUUUCUUCCAAGAACUUCUCUUUCCAUCCCCUUUGUCGUUUUUCAUGGAAUAUCGGACAAAUGUAAUAACAAAGGGAUUUCACAGUUCACCAGUCUUCUCAGCGAUUGGUCUGGUGCACAGGGACAUUGCAUUGAAAUAGGAAAUGGUGCACUGGAUUCAUGGACUAUGCCUUUCUUUGAACAGACAGCCAUAGCCUGUGAGAAGGUCAAGAGCAUGAGUGAGCUCAGUGGAGGAUACAACAUUGUCGGGCUCUCACAGGGUAAUUUGGUUGGGAGAGGCGUCAUUGAGCUCUGUGACGGAGGACCCCCUGUCAGAAAUUUUGUAUCUCUGGCAGGUCCACAUGCUGGAAUAGCUGCCAUUCCUCUCUGUAAAUCAGCUUGGUUUUGCAUUUUAGUGGACUCUUUGAUCGAGUUGGCAGUUUACAGCAACUACGUUCAGGAACAUCUAGCGCCUACUAACUACAUCAAAAUUCCAACAGACUUAGAUUCCUAUGAAAACGGAUGCAAAUUCCUCCCCGUGCUAAACAACGAAUUUCACAAGAACUCCACAUACAAGAAGCGAUUUUCUAGCUUGGAGAACUUGGUGCUAAUCAAGUUUGAGAACGACGUUGUUUUAGUGCCGAAAGAGACCUCUUGGUUUGGGUAUUUCCCUGAUGGCUCCUGGGACCCCAUUUUGCCAGCACAAGAGACAACCCUGUACACCGAAGAUUGGAUUGGCUUGAAGACCUUGGAUGAGGCUGGGAAAGUGAAGUUUGUCAACGUGUCAGGGUCUCAUCUAGAAGUUUCCUACGGCGAAAUGAAGGACUACAUACUCCCAUACUUGCUCGAAAACAGCAUUGCACUACCAAGACUGUCUAAAUCAUCCCAUGCCUCGGCCUGGUCUUCUCAUGAUGGGAAGAAGCUCAAGCUGUAUGCUUCUGAUUGAAUACACUAAAUUUUGUAGACCUAUUUCAGAUCAGUCGAGAUCUUCUAUACCACGACGAUACUGUGAUUUUAGUUGUACUAACAUGAACUUUUUAAUGUAUCCAUUCUCAGUCCUAAAUAAAGAUCUGCCUUGAGUUCAGAUUC